UAGCAAGGGGAGAUGCUGUCUCCAUGUUGGGUAUUGUACAGAGGCAUCAUGAUGUCCCAGUUGGCUUGGGGGACAUCACAGAUGAAUGGAACAUGUUGGAUAUAUUGAAUAAGUCAGGCACUACAUCCAUCAUAUGGAAUACCUUACUACAGCAAGGUGUGAAAGACCCCUCUGCCUACAUCAAGGCCUACAGUGGCUCAAAUAACUGUCCCAGUGUUUGUGCAAUUUUGACUGAUGGGAGUGUAGCAUGUCAAUGCUUAAGAACUGAUCCAAAUGUCAUGGGUGAUGAUGGCCAGGUGAAAACUGGUGGAGAUGCCUGGGAUCAGACAGAAAGAGAUGAUGCUGAUGGUGGGCAAGACAUAGAACCAUCAGAUGUGGGGGAAAGGGAGGAAGAAAGGUUUGAAGUGGAAGAGUUGGAGAUCCUUGGGCACCAACACCAGGAAUGGAGGCAAGCAGGGAAGAAGAAGAAGCCUGCAGUUCUGCUAUCCAUAUGGGAGGAGAUGCAGCAAUUGGACAGGAACAAGGAGUUGAGAGGGAGCAAAGUCCAGACCAAGUGCAACCUAAUACAAGAUUGGUUGAAAAAGCCCCUCUGGUCAAAGAAGCCCCACAUUACCCUUAGAUCCAGUUACAAAUACUCUGUGCAGGCAGUGGUCUGUGAAUUGUACCAAGAGCAAAUACAGGAGAAGCUUGCAAAAAUGAAAGUAGAAGAAGGCAAUACCCAUGGAAGCAAGCAGAUCCAACAGUAUCAGAAUGCAUUGAUGGCUUUUAUUCAGGACGACCUGACAGAGGAACAAUUGGCUGCAGCUGAAGAUAUAGUAGAAAGGUGGAAUGGGCAGGAAGGCCCUGUGCCAGAGACAAAAGCAAGGAAUGCAGCCAAGUAUGGGUACAAGUAUGUCCAAAACUUUGCGAUGGAGAUGUGGAGGUAUUGCAGAAUGUGCAUAGUGUGUAUGGCUGGGUGGAAAAAUGAGGAGGGAACUAUACAGGCAUGCACGAAGCUGGCAAGAGUGCCUUGGGAAACAUUUGAGGAACCAGGAACACCACCUGAGCAUGAUGGCAAGUCAAGUCCCAAAUGUGCUCAGAAAAAGACAGUGGCCAAUGCAAUGAGGACUGGCAAGGUUGACUCUGUGAAAUUGGUGAAAAAUGCUGAUGGAGAGAUUUGGAUAGGAGAAAUCACAGGCCUUAGCCAGGACCAACUACAAAAAAUGGUUCAUGGAUUUGUGACUGCUCACUACUCAUGUGGAAAUCCCUCAUCAGCAGUGCCAUUCAAGAAUUUUGGUCAUCAUCAAGCAGAAAUGAUAGCAGCCUGCCAUCUUCCUGAAGGAUUUGCCUUUGACUGCAACCCAAGUCACAUGUGGAUGACAACAGCUACCCAGCUGCUGUCCUUUUGGUGCAAGCAACAGGAAUCCCAUCCAAAUGAUGUUGUGAGGCAGUGGAAAUACCAAAAAACACCUGCCCCCAAAUGCAAAAAGAAUCCCAGAAGGAAAAAUGUCAAGGGCAAGGGUAAAGCACAGGAAGAGGGAGUGGCAGAUGAUAGCAUGGAUGAUAGCACAGAUGACAGUGCAGAUGACAGUUUGGAUGAUCACAGUGAGGCUGAGGCAAGCAAUGUUGGAACAGAUGGUCCCUCCACUAAAAAGAUCAGCACUAAUGUGAUUCUGGUCUUCAGGUAUCUGGCAGGAGGUAAAACCAUGCCAAGACACCAUUCUCUUCUUGUUCCUGCUCAAAUCCCCCACCAGCUGAUGGUUCCCAUAGAAAGCAAUGGCCAUGAUUCCAAUGAUGAAGCUGAUGAAGACACUUAUUUGCCCACCCUAUCCAAUUCAAAGAAAACAGCAACAUCCCUGAAUACAAACCCUGAUCUGCACUCAGGGAAUGAGUACACAACUGAACUACAGGACCACUCAGAAUACACAGAUGAAGAUGGAUUGGAGAGCAUUCCUUUCACUGACCACCCAACUGAGGAGGGGUCAACAAGCAGAAAAAAAGGUGGAAAGCUGAAAUCUGCCCUGAAGUGCACACACCAGGCAAGUUCAGCUCUGUCAGAAUCUAGUGAGCCAGACAUGAAUCAACAUUCACCUGGGGCCAAAUACUCAUCCAAGUCCAACCAUAAUGGAUCUGUGACCACCAAUGCAGCAUCCACAAAUGUGAAACAGGGGGUCCCUGGGAGCACCUGGAAGUCACCUUGUGUCAGAAAGGCCCCUGCAAGGCCAGAUGCAGAUGUUCCAUCUCCUGAUGCAAAGAGAUUGUGCAAGCAAACAGGCAGCAAUCAGAAGUAG